AUGAUGCGCUGAAAGGGUGUCCGCUGCUCGGCGCUUCUACACAACUGUUUAAUGUCUAAAUUCGGCUUCAGGAGCUUACUUGGCACUUUCUGCUGACUGGAAAAGCCACGGUGACGGUUCAGUUUGUGGAGUCUGCCCGCAGUUACCGUAAAGGAGCUUGGAUUUUGGUUGCCGAAGUUCUCAGAUAAGCACUGAUGUAGCAGUGUUGCGACAGUCAUCACACUCUCUCUCUACCUCCGGUACCUAGUGCCUCACUGCAUGACCUCAGACAACAGAUAGACCCACGUGGGGAAACUUCCCCUUCCUCACCCAAGACCCCUGGACUCCUGACGGUUACACUUGGUUGCCACAACCCCAGAACGUUCUCAUCUCAUCUUUCAACUCAUCUCCAGGAAGAAGGAGCAGCAGAAAUUUUUCCACAUAGGAGUCGAACACCUCCACUUUGGCCAGUGGAGGUGUUAGAGAGCUGUCCCCUUCCCUCUCCCCCAUUUACCCUCUUGAAUCUUUGAGAAUUUUUUUUUUCUCCUGGUUGGCUUGAGUCCGGUUCUGCCGGCCGUGUGACUUUUCAAAACUGGGGCGCGAUUCAUGGGAUGCAACCAUGUCGGAUCUCAGUGAGCGCAGGCCGGUCAACACGGACUACGCUGUCUCCCUCCUGGAGCAGCUCAAGUUCUUUUAUGAACAGAAGUUACUGACUGAUGUUGUGCUGCUGGUGGAGGACACGGAGUUCCCAUGUCACAAGAUGGUCCUGGCCACAUGUAGCUCCUAUUUCAGGGCGAUGUUCAUGAGUGGCCUCAGUGAGAGCAAACAGACCCACGUCCACCUUAGGAACGUGGACCCAGCCACCUUGCAGAUCAUCAUCACCUACGCCUACACAGGCAACCUGGCCAUCAAUGAUAGCACCGUGGAGCCGCUCUACGAGACCGCCUGCUUCCUACAGGUGGAGGACGUCUUGCUGCAGUGCAGAGACUAUCUGGUGAAGAAGAUCAACGCUGAGAACUGCGUCCGCAUGCUGAGCAUCGGCGACCUGUUCAGCUGUAGCGAGCUAAAACAGAGCGCCAAGCGCAUGGUGGAGCACAAGUUCCCCAUGGUGUACCGACAGGAGGCCUUCCUCCAGCUCUCCCACGAGCUGCUGAUAGACGUCCUGAGCAGCGACAACCUCAACGUGGAGAAAGAGGAGACGGUGCGCGAGGCGGCCAUGCUGUGGUUGGAGUAUAACAUGGAGGCUCGAUCGCAGCACCUAUCCUCUGUACUCAGUCAGAUCCGCAUCGACGCCCUGUCAGAGGUGACACAGCGUGCCUGGUUCCAGGGUCUGCCGCCCAAUGACAAGUCUGUGGUGGUGCAGGGCCUCUACAAGUCCAUGCCCAAGUUCUUCAAGCCCCGGUUAGGCAUGACCAAGGAGGAGAUGCUGAUUUUCAUGGAGGCCAUGUCAGAAACGCAAGGCGAGGCCUAUGUCAUGUCCGGGUCUUUGCUUACUACGGUGGUGUGUUACAGUCCGCAGGCAGAGAAAGUGUACAAGCUCAGCAACCCCCCCGGGGACCUGCAGAAGGUGGGGACCCUCGUUACACCUGACAAUGAUGUGUUCAUUGCUGGCGGGCAGAUCCCUCUCAAAAACUCUAUCACCAACCACGGCAAGAGUGGCAAGUUACAGGCGGUCUUCCGCUCGGUCGAUAGCUUCUUCUGGUUUGACGCCCAGCAGAACGCAUGGGUGCCCAAAACCCCCAUGCUGUGUGCCCGAAUCAAGCCCUCGCUGGUCUACUGCGAUGGCUACAUCUAUGCAAUCGGGGGAGACAAUGUUGGAGGAGAGCUCAACAAGCGCACGGUGGAGCGCUACGACUGCGAGAAGGACGAGUGGAGCAUGAUGAGCCCCCUGCCCUUCGCCUGGAACUGGAGCACCUCUGUGGUGGCGCACGACUGCAUCUACGUGAUGACCCACGACCUGAUGUACUGCUACUUCCCCCGAGCCGACACCUGGGUGGAGAUGGCUAUGCGCAAGACCAGCCGCUGUUUCGCCUCGGCAGCUGCCUUCGGUGACCUAAUUUUCUACAUCGGUGGCCUCCACGUGGUCAGCAACUCUGGCAUCCGCCUGCCAACGAGCACCAUUGACGGCUCAUCCGUCACCGUGGAGAUCUACGAUGUCAACAAGAACGAGUGGCGCCUGGCCGCCAACAUCCCUGCCAAGCGUUACUCGGACCCAUGUGUGCGGGCAGUGGUGCUGCUCAACUCUCUUUGCAUAUUCAUGCGUGAAACCCACAUGAACGAGCGCGCCAAAUACGCUAUCUAUCAGUAUGACAUGGAGCUGGACCGCUGGUACCUGCGGCAGCCCGUUUCUGAACGCGUACUCUGGGAUCUGGGUAAGGACUUCCGCUGUGCAGUGGGGAAGCUGUACCCCUCCUGCCUGGAGGAGUCCCCCUGGAAACCCCCAACCUACCUCUUCUCCCCCGACGGAGCCGAGGAGUUCGAGGUGGACGGGGAGCUGGUGACCCUCCCUCACGUAUAGCUCUUAACCUCCCCUACCCUACCUCGCUGACUGAACCAGGAAUCUGUAACGCUGAGGGAUGAACAUGAAGGGGGGGCAGAUGAGUUCUCUGAGAUAUGGAAAAGGUUUGACGUUAUCUGUGUCGUGGAGGGAUCUCUGGACUUUGGAGGCUUGCAUUAGCUACAGCUGUUGCUGGUGAAUGAUGCAGCCCGAGAACAAGAAGCUUGGAGCGAUGCCCCUGAAAAAUACUAGUAAUCUGAAAAUUUCUUGUUUUUGGUUCUUUUUUGUUUUGUUUUGUUUUUUUUCUUUUUAUUUUGUCAGUUGUGACAUCUGUUAGAUAUUAUUACAAGUCUGUCAUACUGUUUCUACAAUGUGAUAAUCUAAACGUCAACUGAUUUUGUGAUGAUGAGGAUGAUGAUGCACUUAACUGGUAAACCUUCUCGGAAUGACAAUGGCAACUGUACCAAAAUCCCCCAGCCCCACCCUCCGACCAUUGCUCCCCUCUCUUUCCCCCCUCUCCUCUUUUUCUUUUUUCUCACCACUGAUAAAGGAACACUCUGUGAAAAAUCUGUGUUUAGAGUAUUAAACGUGCACUUUGUGUAGGCUUUGCAUUUAGGCUCUGAAAAGUUUGUAGCUUGCUCCUCCGCGGUCGUCUUGGAUUCACCGAAGUUAGCAUGGAUUCCGCAGUUACAACAAAAUAAAAGUAUCAAAUUGAUCUUUAGAAACUUCUCAAACCACAUCCUUUUGCAUAAUCCACGUUUAUUUUUACUUUGUCCAGCGUUACAAGCUUUCAUCAUUUUGCUAAUAAGUAGUUAAAUAUGCUGCUUCCAGUGGAGCUUUGGUCAGUGGAGCUGUGUUGAGCAGCUGAUAAUGCAGCAGGAAUGGUUUGAGAAGUUUUUGUGCAUGUUUUGAUGUUGAUUUUGAAGGUUUAUAUCGACUCUGGAACUAGUAGUAGUAGUAAUCCACUUAUUGGAAAUUUUCUGACAUUUUAUAGACUAAAUCAUUAAUUGCUUACUCUGCAGAUGCAGUUGCAGCUGUACCUGCAUGAUCAAUAGAUUUUUCAGGGCUAGUGUUGACAUGUUGUGUUGCUUUGUUUCGAGGUAUCCAUUGGAAUUGGUUGUAUUUGCUGCGAAUCCGACAACUACAGCCACCACCCACCACAAAAGAGUAAAACACAAACUUUUCAGAGCCAGCGCUUAAAGCCCACAGGGGCAAGGAUUUGAUGCUCAAAAAUGUAGAUAUUUGCUCGGAGUAUUCCCUGAGAACAGGAUCCAUCUCUUUCCUCAAAAGGCCCUGCAGACGAAAGGAACAGGGGCCGUGGUUUUCCGGAGUGGGUGGGAGGGCUGACGGGGAAACAAGUGAGAGGCGGAGAGGGGUUUAAAAGAGGGUGACUGCAGGUCCGGUCACGCAUCACCUCUCCUCCCUCACCGCUCGGCCCUCCACCCUGACUCCACUAUAGCGCCUCCACAGCCUGUCUGUCAGUGUGUUUGCACACAGGUCUUCCACACAGCCAGCAGUCUACACCUCACUCUAUCCAUCGUCACAUGAUCAUGAUACUUGUGUUUUUCUUUCCACGAGGGUCUCUGCAAAUACACACAACUCCACUCUCAGUACAAACAUAGGUUACGGGCUCAUGCAUUUUUUUAUUUCCAAGCUGCUGAAAUAUAUAUAUAAUGAAAUAUAUAUUUUUCAUAUGUUUAAAAGACAACUGUUUUAGUGUGGGGAAAAUAACCAGGUCUAUUUUGUAUUAGUGUCUUUUUUAAUUUAAUAUCAGACAUUACUGUAGUGUGAUUGUGGGUAGCUAUCCAUUUUUUCCUAUCAGAUUUAAUUUUUCUGAGUGAAUAUUGAGGAUUCUUGCUGCUGAUUGGUUGUGAGAAGAGAGGGCUGGCCCAGGGCUGUUGCUAUGGAAAUCGUCCCGGCAACCACUAGCAGUAGUGGAGGGGGGCGGGUUGGGGAGGGAAGGGGUCUUCCUCCUACCUUAAAAACAUGAGCACAGGUGCUUCAUGACAAACCCUUACUAGCAUGUUUGGCUGCAUCAUAUUCCUUUGGCACUGUAUUUUGAAUGA